AUGUCUGAACAACACUCUCAAUUGACCGCCCUUGUCACCGGUGCAAGUAGUGGUAUUGGUUAUUGGACUGCCAAAGAGCUUGCUUCUCGUAAUAUUAAGGUGUUUGCCUGUGCCAGAAGACUUGAGCCAAUGAAGCCUCUUGAGGAAUUGGGGAUCACCAUAAUCAAGUGUGAUGUUACGGACGCUCAGGAAGUCCAACACAUGAAAUCCACCAUUUCCGAUGCCACUGGGGGGAAACUCAACAUUCUCUUCAAUAAUGCGGGUUCUUCUUGUACUUUCCCGGCAGUCGAUGUAACUGAUGAAGCUGCUCUUAAAUGUUUCCAAGUUAAUGUUCUUGCUCCUAUCAGGUUGAGCCGUGAAUUCUCCCCAUUGGUGAUCAAAGCCAAAGGGUUAAUUGCCUUCACUGGCUCACUUGCGGGGAUUGUUCCAUUCCCAUUUGCUAGUGUUUAUUCUGCUUCUAAGGCUGCUAUUCAUCAAUAUUGUCAAGUUCUCCAUUUGGAAAUGAAGAUGUUUGAUGUGAAAGUGUUGAACCUCAUUACUGGGGGAGUGAAAACCAACAUUGCAGACACCAGACCAUUGCCAGAAAACUCAAUCUUCAAUACUGAAGAAGGUAGAGCAUCUUUAAUAGCAAGACAAAAGAUGUCAGCAAAUGCCAAACCACAGGCUCCUGAAGUGUACGCCAAAAACGUGGUUAAUGAUAUGUUGAAGUUCUCACCUCGUAUUAUUGAUGUUCACAGAGGAUCCAACGCAUCAAUUCUUCCUUGGGUCAUAAGAUGGAUUCCUAGAUGGAUUGUUGAAAUGGCUUUGUUGAAGAAAUUUAAAUUAUAUCCGGUCUGGAGUAGCUUCAGAGAGAAAAGAGAAAAAAAGGAUUAA